UGGAUGGGACGACAGGGCAGCAAAGCAUGUUUACAUGUUUUUCUGCUUCUUUAACCGUUAUCUCACCGCUAAGAGCAGUGCACAUUAAAACAAUAAGUUGUCGUAUUGAUGUUGACGAUGGCAGCCGACUGCAGCCAAGAGGCGAUUUUGGACUUUCUGAAGGAGAAAGGGGGCAAAGUGAAAAACACGGAUUUAAUUGAGCAGUUCAAGACCGUGUUCCCGGAGGAGCCCGAGAAGAAGACGGCUGUCCGCAACAGGUUUAAAAACUACGUCGACAACGUCGCUUUUGUAAAAACCGAGUGCGGAGUUAAAUAUGUGUGCCUGAAGAAAAAGUUUCGCGGCUCGUUCAAGUGUAAGCCGAGUGUCGGAAACGAGACGAGUGGGACAGAAAGACAAGUUUUAAAUGAAAAGAGAGCCCCGGCGUCAGACUGCGGUCAGGUUAGCGGUGAUGACGCAGCCCAGCCUCGUGCAGCAGGCGGUGAGACACCUGGCUCGGGUUACGGAAAUGACAGCCAGGUGAAGGUUCCGCCUGUUGUCUCUCCUGAAACCAUUUUACUGGACGAAACAGACGACGAAAGUAGGCCGGAGUGUCAUGAGUUUGUCUGUGUAGUUGAGGAAGUGGACAGCAGCUCAGGUGAGAUGGGCAACAGAGGAAGCAUCCGAAGAGAGAGGAGGGAGUCCAAGAAGGAGCAGGUGGGGAAAGCGCCUGACAUACCAGAGAUUGCAGUGAUUGAAGCUUCGCCUCUCCCUGCAGAGGGAAGUCAGUUCACCUUGCCUGGGCCUGCACAAACUGGUGUGGCAGGUAAUGUAGACAUACUCAAUCCCAGAGACAGGCAGGCCGAGGCUGGGCCUGUUUCACGUGAAGGCCUGAAGGAAGCAGAGCAGAUUCAUGUGGUGACCCGGCGCCAGAGCUCAAAAGGAUCCCAGCACGGGACCAGACACCUGCAGCCAGAGGAAGGGGACGAUGAAGGACUGCUGGACACGCAUAGUUUGUCUGGGAGCGAAGGAAGCAGCUCCCCGAGAGGCAGCCGCAAACACUUCAUCGAGGUCAUGAUGAACAGUUCCCCCCAGGUGAGGCGCAGCAUGGUGUUGCGCAACUCCGUUUGCCUGUCGUUCAGGAGUGACAGUGACUCAGUUUCAUUGGUCUCCUCCAACCCAGAUGACGACAGGGCCUCCGUCACUCUGGACCCGCUGGAACAUGAGUGGAUGAUGUGUGCUUCGGACGGGGAGUGGGCCAGCCUGUACCGCCUCCUCACCACGGAGCCCAGUCUCAUCCUGAGGAAGGACUUCGUCAGCGGUUUCACCUGCCUGCACUGGGCAGCCAAGCAUGGCAAGCCUGAGCUGCUCGCACUGAUCAUCAACUUCGCCAAACAGCACAAUGUUGCCAUCAGCGUCGAUGUUCGGUCCAACACCGGCUACACGCCGCUGCACAUAGCGGCCAUGCACAACCACAUGGAGGUGGUGAAGCUCCUGGUGGGUGCCUACAAUGCGGAUGUUGAGAUCAGAGACUACAGCGGGAGGAAGGCCUGCCAGUACCUCACCGACAAUGUGAGCGUGGACAUGCGGGACAUCAUAGGGGCGUACGAGCAUUCGGGCUCAGACAGCACAGACCACAAGGACAGAGGUCGCUGGAGGUUCUCCAAAGUACUCCAGUCUAACCUGAAGCCCCUCAGGCUUCUCAGUCCCAGUGACUGUGACUCUGUGGACAGAGAUUAUCUACCCAGAGAGAAACCCGUCAGGAGGAAGUCUUCAUUCAGCAGGAUGAAGCCCAAACUAGAGAGGCUCCGCAUGAGGACAUCGCAGAUCGUCCAUGGCACGACGUUCCAUGACACAGAGGAGCUGGAGAGGUCUGUGAGAGGGUCCUUCAAGUCCAGACCCAAGACACAUUUCUUCGGGUGAGAUCAGUACUUCCACAGGACAGGACAUGGUGUUUAAGGAUGUCGACUGUUAAAACACAGAAAUGUGACGGAAAAGUUUUACAUUGCAGCGAAACAGAAACACUCGGCCAGAAGAACAAAUGACAGCAAGAUGACACUUGGGUUCAAUAUUUGUGGACUUUAUUUUAUUUUUUUUGACAUUUUUUCAGAUGAAUCUAAUAUAUUCGUUGAUAUUCAAUAUUGCAAAAUUUUCUAACUUGUAUGGCAAACAAUCAGCAAACCUUUAUUCUUAAUCCGAUGGAGGAUCUCUGAAUCUCUGUGUAGACACAAUUUUGAUGUCUGUGGAGCAGCUCGUCCAAUAAACCUCUAAUUUAAAAUUUCAUGUGAAUUUUAUAUUCAUAUGAAUUUGUGGGAUCAGAUAAUCAUAUUCAUCCAAUCAGAUGUAGCCGUUGUCCCUUCUCCUGGAGUGGUUAAAGGGUGAAAAAUGACUUUUACUCAGCAAACAUUUGUUAUCACAGAGCGCAUUGUGUACUUGGAUCCAAGGAUGUAAUAUUUGUUUUAUCGAUUUGUACUGCAAAAUGGUAGCGAUACCCAGAACCCUCAGGAGCAUCAGUGAUGUCUAUAUCAGGUGUGAAAUCUCUGCUCAUGCAACUCAAAUUAGUAACACUUUUAAGUGCAAAGGGCAUGAAAUCGAAUCUUUUUAUUCAAAGCAUAACAACAUACCUUGAUAAUUUGCAGGAUAAGGCUGCAGGGGGAUAAGAUAUAUGAGACUUCUGAUUUGGCUCUGCAUGCAGGAUCACCAGCACAUCACACAAAAAUUCAUGAAAUGCAAUUUAGCACCAAUUUAGUCAAAUUUUCCUCUUUGUGUUUAGUUAAUGCUAUGAAUAUUUUUUCACCACAGGAACAACAGAAUAAGGUCUUUCUGGUGAUGUACUGUAUAUGACUAAUAUUUCACUUCAUGAUCUGCAAGAAAUACACAUGGAGUUAUAUUAUGUAUCAGUUUAAAAAGAUAGCCUAGAUGAAAUGUUACACACUGCAGACGCUGACAUUCUUUGUGAUGUGACUGCAGGUCAGCCUGCUUCCCUUUAUCCAUACGCAGCUGACACUAAAGCCUCCUGACCUUUUGGCCUCUAAUCUAGGCUGCUGCAGGCAGAUAUCUGUGUCACAAGGUUGUACUGUGAAGCCAGGCCAUAGGCUUUAAAAGAGAAGUUCUGGUCUUGUGUAAUUUUACUUUUCAUACUUUCCAGGACCAGAAUGUUAGCGUGACUCACGCCACCAACAUUUCAGGGUGAAAAAGCCAUCUGGAGAGGGCUAAAGCCAAGAAACUGGAUGUUUUUGGUGAAUUCUCUGCACAGAACUGAAGUUUACAAAUGGUUUACUUAACAGAGGCGUUGCAGAAUGUACAAUGUUUUACAAGUUGUGUUAUAUAUGUAUUUCCAGACUGGAAAAUAACAUAACCGAACCAGCGUAAAAUGAGUUUUUGAGUACGGUUGCCUCAUGUUUCCGUUUGAGGAAUCCAAGACUGUGUCUCUGUUAUUAUGGAAGCCAGUCCAUCUGCUGCGUGACCACAGGUUUAAACCUCUUGACCUUUUCAGUGUUCUUGUCUGACAGAGUCUGCUGGCUGCACCUCAUUCUAUUUCAGCUGCAAAUGAACAAAUGCAGUUUGAUGUUACUUUCCGGUAGUCUGCUUCACAUUCUCUGUUGUCGUCAUUUCUAUGCAUGUCUUAUUAAUUUAGCAUACUUUUUUUAAACUAAGAUUUUCUUUAACUUAAUGGCACCUUCAGUCUUUUUUAUUAUAUCUUUGCACAUUUGAUCAAAAUCAGCUCUUAGAUUUUUUUUUAUUCGCACAUUAUAAUUUGUUCAAUGACAUACGCCUUUACUGUUAAACAGCUCAAAGAAUAGAAAAUAUUUUCUUGGGUUAUGGAGGUCAUUUUAAUGAUGUGUGUGAUGUUUUUAUUCUGAUUAAAUAAAUAAUACU